GAGUUGUAGCUAGCCGUCGGAGCGUCCUCUCGCCCGCCUUUAAUCGGCGCCCGUCGGGCUAAAAGGCUGCCCCCACAGCCCUGCGCGUGGCCUGGCAUACGUUGCGUCGCGACUAAAGCCGGGAGCAGCUUGACGUAGCGACACGCCGCCAAAAACAAGCACUUAGCAGCGUGGCGGUGGAGAACGCCAAAGACGGCGUCGUUCGCCAUCGCGGGUGGUCGAAAAACGUGCCCCGACCAGCGCGUGGGCUUUGAGCGGCCUAAUGCCGUCCUGGCGUUGCAACCGAGUCCGCAUUGGCCCGAACAAGUUCCCGCCCGAGAUUGCCAUCGACGCGCCGACGGCCAACAUCGCGGCGUCACGAUGCCGGGGAUGCUUUUCAGGCCACUACGAACAUAUCGGAGGCGCCUGGGAUCAUCACCGACCGCGCGUGGUCCCAUUCCCAAAACGCGUAAAAAAAACGUGGCCGUCUACCGCCUAUAGCUUCGCACCACCCGAUCCGUUUGUUCCCAUUCAAGUACCAACUCCG